AUGGUCGAUCGAGCCGGCCCUACGUACUUAUCAUUUGGAUCUUUUGAAAUGAUGGUAAAUUUGAUUGUCAGGCUAAUCAAGCGCGAAAGUGGUGCCGGGUUUCCCAAAUUCCUCCGUUAUGAGUCAUUUGGUGGGGCUGAGCCGAACGUGAGUGAGCCAGUAACAAAUUUGGAGGAGUUCAGUGUUAUUGUCAAGUCAUCGAUGGGCGACAAAAAACAGAAAGUACGUGUUUUAUAUGCGGGCGAGACGGAUUGCGUUGACGCAGAUGGAGAAUACGUGGAGCUGAAAACACAGUACAAGGAGUUCUCCAAUUCAUUCUGGGAACAUAAAUCGAUGAGAUGGUGGCUGCAGUCCUACUUGAUCGGCAUACGAAAUGUUAUUGUUGGCUUCAGAAACAACGAUGCGAACUUUUGUUUUUCAGGCAUUGUGACGCGCGUUGAAUCCGUGAAAGUUUCGCAACUUGCGAAAAACGGACGACAGUGGACAGCAAGUGUCCUGAUUAAUUUCCUAGUCGCUGUGCUGAAUCGCUUGAAAGGAGUUCUGGAGUCCUCUCCAGAACUCACUUACCAUCUCUUCGAAUUUCACCCUUCCAGCCAGCGCAUAUCUUUUCAUAUCCUUCCGUCGAAAAAUGCCUUCACUUUCCUUCCU